UUCACAAGUGUUACUCAUUUUUCGAACAUAUAACGCGUUGUCACAUGUAGAUUUCUAUAAUUAUAUGACUUCGUUUUUAGAACAAAACGACCAUGAGAACGAAAUAUUUUUAUGUGCUUUUGGCAUUAAGUGGAGUAAUGUCUGUUACAAAUGCGCACGGGUGGGGUAGAAAAUGGAAACCGUUGCACGGCGCGAUGUGCCCCUCACAGGACCCGGACACACACGAGUGCUUCGAGCUUAAGAUCGAAAACAGCACAUGUCUUGUGAUGUACAUCUCUGGAUGUUACCCAGAUAUUCCUGAUGUAUGCUUCCUACAAUUCGCGACCAAGCAAGUGCCUUGCCCAGUCUACACGUGCAGUCACCGCGGAUGCUGCUCCGGCUAUGACCUGGAUGAAAACAGACAGUGCGUCAAAGCGGGGUAUCCAAGUGACUUGCAAAAGCGCUGUGAAAAUGGCGGGAUGCCUGAAGGAAACAAAUGUAUGUGUCUGCCAAUGUUUACAGGAUCAACAUGCGAAGAACCGAUUUGCCAAAAGCCAUGUCUCAAUGGUGGACGUUGCGAGAUGGUCGCUGGACGGCCGGUGUGUGUCUGCAGCUCCAGCAGAUUCUCGGGAGAGCAGUGUGAAAAUGUCGAAUGCUUGGAAACCUGCUUGAACGGUGGUAGCUGCCGAUUGGAUGGAGUACAAGCCCGGUGUGAUUGCCCAGCUGGUUACCAAGGUUUCCGUUGCCAAUUCAAUGUCAACUACCAUUGUCCAGUCAUUGAUAGAACUGAAAUGUCUAAGGAAUGCAAGGACGAGUCUGGCGACUGUCAUAGAGACGCUGAAUGCUCCGGAAACGCCAUAUGUUGCUUUGACGGAUGCAAAGGUGUUUGCAGAAAACCAGAAAACAUGUCUUGCUCUGCAAAUGGUCACUUAUAUAAACCCGGUGAAAUGUUUUCACCAUCUGCUUGCGAGAGAUGUGUAUGUCUGACGUGGGGAGUUUUGAAGUGCACCACGAUGCAGUGCCCUCCGAUUCAAUGUCCUGACGGCCAUACAUCCAUACGGGUGCAAGGGCAUUGCUGCAAAAUAUGUCCCGGUACCAACGUACUAGAUGGAGAAGCUCCGAGAUUUACAAACUGUCCCAGUCGGUUCAUUGCCGUUGACAUCACGGAAGAAGGCGGUCCUGUUUCGCUUUGCUCUAUUGGCCUGAAUGCCGUGGACAUGUACGGGAUGGAGCUGGAGGUGACGUACAGCGAUAAACAGUUGUUUCAUAGCCAUUCUUCCGACGUAAGAAAGAACGUGCACAUAGUGAUGGCGUUCUCAAGCUCUGAUCAGUUCGGACGUCGGGCCGAAUGCCAGUUUCAAGUGAUUGUCAGAGACCCUUUUCCGCCAAAGUUCACGUCAUGUCCUACGGAAAUAUACGCGUUGAACAGCGAGAGGGUCACGUGGCAAGAUCCGGAGGUGACGGACAAUGUCGGAAUUUACCGAUUGGUCAUCGAUGGAGAUGUAAUCCGGAACACGUUGUUGCCGGUCGGCGCCUACCCAGUUAGCAUUACUGCAUGGGACUACGAUAAAAACCAGGCAAUAUGCGCCUUCAUUGUGCGAGUUUUUGACGAAAAUAUGAGUGAGACCAGCAUGCCUUCGGAGCUCAGAGCAAGAAAGGAGGGGCCAAUGUCUAUCGGAAUAAUUUUGGGAUCUUCAAUUGGAUUUGUCGUUGCUCUGAGUGUAUGUAUUUGCCUGGCCGUCCGAAUUCGACAGCAGCGAAGUCACAGAGACACGCCGACAACCGAGCACCGAAGACCCGACUUUGUCAACUCCAUUUACGCAAUCUGUGCACCACGUGUUGGCACUCACACGUACGUCAACGAUGUCAAAUUUCCCAACCUUCCUGAUUAUGCUCCGCCCCUAAACCCACCCUCAUACGACGAAAUCAAUAAUUGCGACGAGUUGGGCGUGACGUCAUACGAAGAAGAACCGCCCAUUUACGAGGAGAUUGACAAUAAACCAACGUCGGAGCACACGUACCAGAACACACAUCAGGGACACACUAAUCAGGCGUUCUCCAUCACGGAACCGAAAUUUGGAUACUAAAAUUGUUUAACACGAAAGCAUGAACCAAAUAUAAACACUGAGGAUUUUAUGGUAUAGUCUAUGAACAUUUACACUAAGGUGUAUAAUAGUGCCAGUUCACGAUUUCUAGGGCUGGAUAUAAUGGUACUUGAUCUCUAAUAAUCAAUCAUUAGUCACAAAAUGCCUAUACAUGUAAACGUUUAUUGGUAUGGAAACGUUUGGAUAGGCCUUACCUACACCUUAUCUCAAUGUUAAAGUAUUAAAAACACUCUUUUUACUGUAUUGGCCGAAUAGAAAAUUGUAGAGAUGAAGCAUUUCUUUUUGCAACGAUGCUAGCCGAAUAUUCAGCGUGAAGCUAUCGUAUCUCAUAUAGAACUAACGAGCGGAUUCUAAACCUGUCUGGUGUAAUUAAUUCAUAAACAUGAAUUAAAAAUUGUAUAGAUAAAUGUGCACUACAUUACACAACAUUGUAUGCGGUGGAUAAGCGAUUAACAGCCGACAAUAGUAACAACAAUUAAACGUUUGUUUUCAAUUCAAUUAAAUGUAUUUAGAAACACAACCUUAAUUUUCAAAUACAGGCUUUACCCUGAUGUUUUUACUAAAGAUAUUUCUUUUCCAGUUAACGGCAAACGUUACAGAUGAUUUAUUUAAUGCUUUCCUGAUGUAGACAGAGAAAAAACAGUGAUGUAGAAGCGAUAUUGCGCUGUUUAAAAAUAGUGAAAAAUUGAAAAAUAACAGUGAUAAUUAUCGCUCAUAUUUUUUUUAUUUUAGUUUAAAAUGACUGUUUUUUACGUCAUGACAUAAUUAUGCACCAGUUUAACUCUUUUAAAUGUAAAUCAACUUAAGAGAAAGCAUCAAAGUAAAAGAAAAUUUGAUAACUUUAGGUACAUUAUAAUUCUUUGUUAUACUUGUGAAAGUAUUAAUUUCGUUGAUAUGAAAUAUUUAAUCUACCGAAACUAACAAAUAUGCUCCAUACUGUAUAGAAAAGGUUUUAGUCACGUAGAUUGUGCGCAUUAAUUUUGUUUGGUGUGAAUAUCUUUUUAAAUUUUUGUCGUUUCAAUUGUAUUCACUGCUACCGUUUGGUUUGAAAAUGUUUUGAUGGAUUCUUGUUGUGCAGAUCUUGUUGAAUUCAAGUCACGUGUUAUUACAUUUUUAUGUAUCAUUCAGGUCUUGUAAAUAUUUAUCUUUCCAAGUGCGCUUUCUACACAGAGUGCUAUCUUAAUUGUAAAUGGAAAAUUGCUGUGCAAUUUUUUACCAGCUUCAUAUAUCCAUCGUUAUUUUGUAAGUACACGUAACUUGUUUACGUAACAGGGAUUUACAAUUUCAUGCACAUACCGUAAGUUGGUUAUUACUUCUCACAGCCCAUUUAAAACGAUUCGCCAGUUUAAUAACGUCCAUUUACUUGUGUUAUAUAAACUUUAAUACCACUUGUACAUAUUGCAUUUGAACUAUUUAGGAAUUAUUAGAUGUUCUACUUUUGAUGUACCGGCAUUGUAUGUUUAGUGUUAGAUGUUGUGUGUAUUUUAAUUGACACACGUGCAUGCAAUAUCAGAACUAAGCACAGUGUUCGCAUAUAUACAAUUAAAAAUCAAUAUUUAGUUUGUUUCAAAAGAACAAGUUUCUAAAUAAGCCUUUAAUGUAAUGUUUGACCCAGAUUUCGUCUAUAUGAUGAAAGUAGUGCCUUUGUCAACCUAUCCUAUGCAGCGUAAAAAUGGCUUAAAAUUGGUUCAACGAAAUCAUUUUGUUGCAACACCAGAUUUCAACAUCCAUUCGCUUGUUUUUGUUUCAGUGAAUGUUUACUUGGAAUUUUGAUGAUAAUCUGUAAAUAAAGUUUUAUAUUGUU